AUGCCGGCCGUGCAGCUGGUCGCGGGGUACUACAACGAGUCGCCCGUCGCGCCGCCGAAGCACUACCACUCGGCGGCGCGGCCUCUGUCGCCGGCGACUCGGCGCGCGCACCACGCGCUGAAGCCCGACCCGCUGCCGCCCACGCCGCGCUGCGACCCCAUCGUCGCCCAGCUCGGCUUCAGCGGCCGCUGGGUCACCCCGGAGCACCCCGACCUCCCGCUGCUGUGGGACUCGCACCGCUUCCGCGGCGUCGUCGGCCUGGCACAGGGCCCCGGCUUGGCCAAUAUCGGCAAUUCUUGCUUCAUGAACGCCGCACUGCAGGCCCUGCUGCACUGCCCGCCCGUCGCCGCCCUGUUUAUGCGCAAGGUACACCUCUCGAAGAGGCCGCUGGAGGAGACCAACUGCGUCUUGUGCGCCCUCCAGGCCCUGGCUGCCGAUAUAUUAGAGAAGAAGGGCGUUAUCGCCCCCGUCCCAUUUGGAAAGAGAUUGAGGCACGUGUGUAAAGGCUUUCGACUGGGCCAGCAGGAGGAUGCCCACGAGUUUUUGCGCGGCCUCUUGGAAAACAUUGCCCUGCGAGAGACCUUUGGCUGCUUGGCUGAUAAGAACAAGGUCCGCAUUACAAGACACCAGGAGAUGCUUUCGAGCGUCCAUCGCAUUUUUGGAGGCAUGUUCCAGACUUGUAUCCAUUGUACCAAAUGCAAUCACCGUUCCAACACCGUCGAACCCUUUUUGGAUAUGAGCCUUGACCUCUCCCCUGGGAAGAUGGGCAUCAUUCCGGCCCUCAACAAGUUCACCGCACCGGAGCAACUGCAUGGCGCCAAUCAGUACCGCUGCGACGCUUGUGGACACAAGGUGCGUGCUAACAAGCGCACUACCAUCCGUAGGGCCCCCAACGUCCUCACCCUUCACCUUAAGCGCUUUAACUGGGCGGGGAAAAAGACCCAUGGCUUUGUGCAGUAUCCCGCCCUCUUGAAUCUCGCCCCCUACAUGCCUGGUAAGCCGGAUUGCCCCGCACCGACGUACAGACUGUCCUCAGUUGUGGUGCACACGGGCACCAGCAAGAGUGGGCACUACUUCGCUUUUGUUCGCGGUAGGGAUGGACGCUGGUAUCGGAAGGAUGACGCGCGCUCCGUACAAGUCUCCGCAGAAACCGUGAUGAAGCAGGACGCUUACAUACUGUUUUAUACCAGGAUGCCCACACCUGAAGCUCCAAAUCCGCAGCAUGCCGCGAGACCAACUCGCCGACCGCGUUCCGCCACUCCACUGCCAGAAACCUCAAAACCGUCAGCGCCGACGGGAUUGUCGAUCCCUGAGCGAGCCUGGCGUACUGCUCAAGCGGCAUUGAGAGGUCGAAGAAGCACACCUCUCGAAGAGCAACGCCCGCGGAAGGCGCCUGACUCUGAUGCACAGGCUAAAGGGCCAGCUAAAUCGCCAACUGACGUCAAACCUGUGCAGCGAUAUUCGUGGCCAAAGCUAGGAAGAAGCGAGGAACCCCAACCCUCGCUGUGUCCAAAAAAGGAAACGGAAGGGGAAAUUCGAAGCGGAACGGCGUUGCUGAUAGGAGGCUCGGCGACAGUUACCAAAAUUCUGCAAAGAGUCUUCCGGCUCGAAGCGACGGUUCGGAAAGCUCGCAAGCGCUCGAUCGAUGAAGUUGAACCGGCACGCGAACCAGAGUCGAGACCUUCACGAUUAAGGCGGCGGCAGAAAGAGGAAUGA